GCACACAGAGAGACAGCACAUACAGAGAGACACCAUACACAGAGAUAAUCUACAAAUCGCACAGAGACAGUAGACGGACAGCAUGGCCAGCGAAGGUUGGAGAACGCUGGGGAGAGAGGAACUGGAGCACCAGUACUCCCCGAGUCACUGGUCCCCACGCCUGGACAAGGAUGUAGUGAUAGAUGCCCAUGUGAAGGAGACUACAGAAGGCACCAGAUUAUCCCGUACGAAGACGCGCGCUACACUGAACAUCCCCUACGGAGAAAGAGAGAGCGAGAAACUGGACCUGUACCUGCCCCAGGAGACCCCAAGCGGAGGCCCACUUUUGGUUUACAUCCAUGGAGGAUACUGGCAGUUCCUCAGUAAAGAGGAGUCUGGCUUUAUGGUGCCCUCACUGGUGUCCCACGGUAUUGCAGUGAUGGUAAUGGACUAUGACAUCGCCCCUAGAGGUCACAUGGACCUCAUCGUGGACCAAGUGAGACGAAGCAUCGCGGUAACCCUGACGCAGUAUCCACAGUUCACAGAGGUUUACCUGUGUGGACAUUCUGCCGGGGCUCACCUGGUCGCCAUGGCACUGGGCACUGAUUGGUCAGAAUACGGCAUCUCUCCUAACAUUAAAGGAGCCCUGCUGGUUAGUGGAGUUUACGAUCUCCUUCCUAUCAUCCACACCUACGUCAACGAUGCCUUGGGGAUGUCACAGGAGGUGGCAGAAAGGAACAGCCCCAUACUGUGGGUAGAAAACACCAAAAGCCGAGCCAGCGCUUGCCACAUAGUCAUCGUGGUGGCAGAGCAUGACUCUCCUGAGUUCCAGAGGCAGUCAAAGGAGUACUUCCAGAGUCUGAAGUCUCUUGGUCUCGACGUUUGCUUCGCACAAAUCGAGGGCACUGAUCACUUUGAUGUCAUCGAGAGAUUAUCACAGGAAGACUAUGAGCUCACGCGGCUGAUUCUGGAAAUGAUCACGAAAAAUUAAUCCGAACAGCGGAAAAGAUGCCCGUGUGUAUAGAACGUUCGGGCGGCCAAUCGGAAUCUACCACCACUGUGAUUACUUUUUCAUCACGCAAUAAAAUGUGACAACAAAUGACAUCAUACGU